UGGGUCAGUCGGGUCAAUGCCAGAAGAUGGAAUCGGGUUUGGGCUUGGAUCGGGAUAUGAUUUCGGUUUGGUCUCCUACUGUGAGCUAGCUGAUCCCAGAGACGCUAAGGAGUACCUUGAUAACAUAAUAGGGCAGGAGGUGGGGAAAUCUGUGAUUGAGGAAUAUCUACAGAAAAGUGGUCGCUCUGAUCUUUGCACCAGCACCCUAAAUGUUCCACCCUCAAGUUUACAGGCAUAUGUUAAGCCGUCUUCAAAUGAGUAUUCUGUAACUGGGACCAAAAAACAAUUGAAAACGCCAAAAGUGGCUAAAACACCUAUUCAGCAGGCUGCUUCAAGCUCUCAGGGAAAGCCUGUUCCGGCUCAAGCCAGUGAGUCAAGAACCACCAACAUUGCAAACCAAAGUAGUUCUAAGAAGAAGAAGGCGGGAAAAGUUGUUUCUCUUGCAGAGGCUGCUAAAGGAUCGAUUGUUUACCAGCAGGGAAAGCCAUGCUCGUGCCAAGCGCGUCGCCACAGGCUUGUGAGUAAUUGUUUAUCGUGUGGGAAGAUAGUCUGUGAACAAGAAGGAGAGGGACCUUGUCAUUUUUGUGGAGCUCUUGUGCUGAGGGAAGGGAGCCGUUAUGCUGGUCUGGAUGAGAGUUACACUCCUGUGGUAUCAGAGGCGGAGGCAGCAGCUGAAGCUUAUGCAAAGAGACUCGUCGAGUAUGAUAGAGACUCUGCAGCCCGUACAACAGUUAUUGAUGACCAGAGUGACUACUUUGAAAUUGAGGGGAAUAGCUGGUUAUCACAGGAGGAAAAGAAACUUCUAACAGAGAAGCGGGAGCAAAUUGAAGAAGCUGAGAAGGCCAAACGAAAAAGAGUAGUUGUGACUUUUGAUUUGUUUGGGCGCAAGGUACUUUUGAAUGAAGAUAAACUUUCUGAACUGGAAUCUGAAAGCUUAACGUUGAAGCCACUAGAUGAAAGGGAAGUCAACAGGAUUAAACCGAAUCCUAGUCUUAAAGUGCAACCACUCUUUGUGGAUCCAGGCCCUAGGAACAAGCCUGUUGUGAAAGGUAGGAAGGAAAAUAAGAAACCAACCAAAGGCUUGUGCUUAGAGAUAACAGGGAGGGUGCAGCAUGUCAGCAAUGAUCUCAUGGCCGACGAUCAGUUGGAGGCAACUUCAAAUGAAGAUUUUUCACAAGGGCCUUCUGUAAGUGGAGUUGUGCUUGAUGAUGAUGAUGGAGGAAAAUGUUCUCUAGACUAUCGUUAAGGAAGAUUAUGGGAGUUCAUUUUGUUCUCAAAGAAAUGAAAUCAUAUACAUGUUCCUACUUUAUCUUCUUUUCUUGCACAUUCCUCGCCAGACUUCAACAAUCUUGUGAUCGAUUUUGGUUAGUACAUAGACAAUGGCUAUUAAAAUUUUACUAACAAUCGGUUCGG